UUUCGCGUGGUAGCGUGAUAUAUGUACAAAUGAGACCUACCGCGCCGCGCGCUUAAAAUGUUAUGUAUAUAUUUUACAUAAUUGUAAAUUAAAGAUAAGUUUUAAACCCAAACGAAAUUCGUACAAACUCGAUGUCUACCUGCUUAAUGAACUGAGUAAACAAAACGUUGUGAUUACAGCCUUGAAUAGGAUGUGGGAUUGAAGUGCCUUGUUUAUCAAUUUUGGAACUGUAGUAAACCUACAAUGAGAUUUGAGACUAGACAUAGCUAAACAGACUAACCAGAGCUGCAAGGAAUCCAGGAAAUGUCAGCUAUUCCAAAUCAUGUAGGAGUAACCAUACCAUGUCUGAUUAUCUUGAAGUUUCGAGAAUGUCUGCGUUUUCAUGAAAAAAAAUCUCUCAUGGCGGCUUAACGUUGGGCUGCAGAUCAGAAAGAACGUGUAUUAACCACAGGAAGUGAAGCACUACAUUAAGCGCUACUUGAUAGUAAUGUAGUGGCACGAUUCCAUGUGCCCUUGGGCAUGAGUUUAAAAAAAUUAAUGAUGAUGUGACAGUAUGUUAUUUGUGACACAUUGUUUCGGCCAUCAUCAUCAUGUGACCUUAAACGCGACCUCAGAAAAGACCUUAGAUGGGGACAACUAUGAGCUAUUUUUGCAUUCGUCUUUCAGCGAAAUAUGAAAAGUGGAUUCCAUUGUCUACCUUAACAUGUUCCUGUUCUAAAGAGAUUGAACCAAAAUUAAAAGGUAGUUAAUUAACAGAGAGUUAAGCACGUUUGCGAAUAAAACUAAUUGCUUUAUUCCACCAAAAAUCAAUCUUCAUCUCUACUGCAGCUUAUCGUACAACCGUGUCAUUAGCCUGUUAUUAACCAGGAAUUUACACAAAUUCCGACCGUAACAACUCUGCUUUGACAAGACAGUUUGAGACAGUAAUGAGAAAAGAGGCGGGACAAGAAUUCUGCCCUGAAUAAUUAUGCUCAUCGUGCUUUUACGGUACCAAGACAUGAGUUGUCUCGCAUCUUGGCUGCGACUAACCCGAGGCUGGAUUCUUUUUCACUGUCUUAUGUCAGUUGAUUCGUUAAACUAAGCCCGAUUAUCAGGUUUCUUAGCAGCACAAGAGAGCUUUGCUUUGUAAGAACUGGACACACGCCACGUACCGUAUCGAACAUAUUUGAGACACUGUGCAUUCUUGGCACUGUAAAUAUGAACUGUGGCAAAAACUCGACACUGGACCUUCUUCAUGCUGGACACUUAAGAGACCGCUUUACAUAUUUAAAGACGAAAUAGACAACAAUAGCAGAAUGUUUGUCAUUAAGUUGCAGAGACGGGUAAACAACACACACCUGCAAUUGCACUGAAGAACGAAAGUCAAAAUUGAAAAUAGAAUAUAAAGUGAUUUUCUUUUUCUUGAAAACAAAUUUGAAAGGGAAGCAAACUGAGCCCCAUGUUGAAGAACUCCAUAGUACCUUUCGCUGAUUUGAAUGGAGAUAUUGAUUUUGACAACUACACACUUGAUUUUAUUUGAAAGAGUUUAACAAGUAGAUUCCAUUUUGCCCUUUGUAUGUUUAGUCAUUCAUCACAGAUUACGUCAAAGUGUGGUAAGAAGUGAGUUUAGGAACAAAAACAAGGAACACAAGAGGACUCACCGAUGUUCCUUGCACUUUUUGACGUUUCUGUGAUCUAUUACUGAACAGACGCAAGGCAACGUGGAAUCUAUUUGUUUCAUAUAAGAAAGAAAUAACAUUGUAAUGUCAUAUAUGCGUCUGUCCUCCAAUUGAUUAUCAUAAGUAAGAACCAUCAAAGUGCGAGAAUAAUUCGACAUAUUAUAUGAAAACGACUAGAUUGCAAUGUAAACAUUCAGAACCCACAAUUCGAUUUUCAAAUAACUUGUGCAUUGUUAUCAGCAAUAUCACUUUCACUAAUCUCUGCUCUUGAUAGAUUGCAAUUUGCAGCUAGGCAGGUCUACUUUUGAAUUUUGUGAAUUUUGAUUCCCAUCUUUUUACUCAUCAUAUUUCAAAUAUGCACUAAUUGUUUAGGUAAAUGGAAAACGCCACAGCUUGGCAACUACAGUGAAAUGUUACCCUCAUUUAUUGAUCUCACCCGGCCCUCACUAAUUCAACACAGUAACCUUGUCAUGUUCUGAUUUAAUUGGUCGAGCAAAUGUUACGAUUGUAUAAGCAUUCAACAGUUCAUAGACACGACAGUUCAUGUUCACGAGGUACAUAACCUUUCAACUUAAUCAUAUUUAAUGACAUUAUAGUUCCAUGAAGCAAUGAUGGUACCCGAGUAAAGCUUCCCUUUGACUGAACAAAGGCGUUAGUUUCCAUAGAAACUGUUGGGCUGCGUAUAAAAACACUUCUUGAAAUUUACCGCCAUAGCGAGUUCGUGAGGCUGACGUUUCGAGUAUUAGCCUUUCGACAGAGCAAAGUCGGGAGGUGGGGAUUGGGGGAGUGGGAGCAUAGGGUUUCGUUGACGGAGGGACCAUAGCAAAAGAAAUGCAUGAAUUAAUUAUUUCAAUGGCAACCGUUAAUUAAUAUCAUGGGGGCCAAGGUAACGAGUUGAAAGACUUAGAUGUGUUGCUUUGAUGGAGAGAAAUACCAACAACAAUUAUGGUGCUCGCAGAGUGGCUGGGGAGAUGAAACUUUUUGGUUUAAAGGCUUCUUUGUAGUUGCUGACUAAAGUGCAGACUGUGCGGUUAUUGAGUGUUCGUAAUUUAGGAUAUCUUUUUUAUGCGUUUAUCUGUGUUCAGCAUUUAAAAAGACUUUUAAUCUUCCCACUAAACCUCUUGUUCCUGAAACUAUAGUUCAUAAUAUGUGAUUUGUUUCCUAGUGAAAGUAACAGAAGUGGUUCUGGAGCGUUUCGUAACUGACUGAAGUCUGGUUUUCUUCUUAGAGCAUCGGUCAUGUGUUUCUAUUUAACAAUCGUGAUUUCAAAAAUGUAAGAGAAUACAACUGAAUGAGAGGAGGAAAAUACGUCGAUGUGUGAAUUUACAAUGCAAUAUUGAAAACGCCGUUUCUUACGUUAUCUUCGCUUGUGUUCGUUGUCCACGGGGCGACAUGGAUCCACUCUGUAGAACGUCGGUAUACCAAAGUGAGGCAUAUAACUACAUAAGGUCCACAUCACAAAAUUAAUAGUUUCCUGAUACUUAUGAAUCGUUUCCUGCGUUUCCAAAACAACCAAAUUAAUUACAGCUUAAGUUACCCCUCCUGAUCUCAGUUGCUCUUCAAACAGUACUAAAACUGCAUGCUUUAGUGUAAUGUUUUUGUUUUUCAUGAGGUUUUCUUCCACGUCAGUGUGAAUCAUAGACACAAAUAAUACGCCCAUAAAACGACUCUUCCAGGCAUAAUUUGAAUCAAUGGGUCUUUUUAUCGUAGGAUUAUCAUCUCCUCGGGGAGGAGUUUUCCGUGACGAUUCCACAUGAAAGCUUUAUCUCAUCUGAUCAACAUUCCUCUCCUGCUUUCCAACGAACGCGGAUUAUUAUCCAUCGAGGCAAUCCUCUAAGUUCGAGUAACUACACCACGGCUCUUUGACAGGGUACCCUUAUCUAAUGCUUUAUUUUGUCAGGAGCUCUAAAUCAGAGAUUACCAUAUGCUGACCUCUGGAGUGUUGUUUCAACAUAGAAAGAAAACACCACAGUCAAAAAUGCAAGUUGGAAGUAUUCAAUGCGAACAGGAACAAGCCAUUAAGAUAAAGAUCUGUCUUGUGUGUGAUCUUUAUACGCUGGCAUCUUUGCUAAAUCACGAAUUUCGUCUAAAAGUUGUUAUUUCGUUUGCUUUUUAAUUUUUUUUUUUUUAUCUUUGGCAUCUGAAUGAAGAAGUAAAUCCUUUUUGCUGCCACCAGGUCAUCACUUGAUUCGUGCGAUUUCGAUACACUUGCGGUUAUUAAUGGAAACCUAUCGAGACGAAUGACGACAGACUUGUGUCACGUGAUUUGGUUCCGUCUUAUCUCUAACUUAAUGAAAAUGAGAUAGCGUGCCAAAUCGGUCUUGGCCUGAGUCACGACCGAGUAUUCCGAGAUAUUUUCCCGUUUGAAUGGUGGUUGUACCUGGAAUAUAAGAGUUUUCUCUGGAAUAAUCAUUGGAAAAAACGUACAAGGACCAAUGUAAGUUUCUGAAAGUAAAUUUUGAAAGGUAAGUCCCCGAAUGGAGGGUUUCUUGUGUCAGGAAUGAAGCUGAAGAUGUUCCAGUGAAGUCGAUUAAAAUUUGCUUUGCGGCCAGUUUUGGCCUCUUGAAACCGCGUCUCAACUCCAAGACCCUGAUUUUAUAAGAACUGGAUCGUUUCCGAAUAUCAGUUCUGGUCUUGGGUUGAGUUGAAGUUCUGUAUACUGAGUUGUUUAUAAAGAAAGUGUUCAUAUAGUAAAUUGUCGCAUCAUUAAAAGUCACUACCGGCGACUGAAACGCAACAGUGAUGUAACAACUUGCGAUAUGAAAGUACUGAGAGACGGUCAGUUCGACGUUAAUGCUUGGUCCCCGUUACACUGCCAUGAUAUUUAGUAUUGCCUUACUUCAGCGCUGUCGAACGAACGGUGUGAAUUAGACAGAAUAUUAUUAAAUUUCAGUGUGAGAUUUUCGGUUAGUUUGAAGAAUGACACGCUUAAAAUAUUUACGGAGUAUGUGCUCUUGUUCCAAUAUAAUUUAUACAAGUCGGUAUACAUUGUUUAUUUUCAAAAUAUUAAUGAGUUAUUAAUUCGAAAAUCAAAUCUUUAAGGCGUGCAGAUUUAAGACCCUGUGCCAACAAAUGAAAAAAAAAAAUGGGCGGAAUUGGCAUUUUACACAAGCCUGUUGCAUUCUUACAAAGAUUGAAUGGACUUAAAGGUUUAAGGUCUUAAUUCUCGUCGAGUAACGACUGUGAUGUUUUGGAGCAACCACUUGGUCUAUGAAUUAAACUGCGAAUCAUACGAUGGGCUGAGCGACUUAGACACAUCAUGUUAUUUUUUAGAGCUUUAGUUUUGAGUUUUCCAACCGUUUUCAAUAAAGUGCAUUCUGCAGUGCAAGUAUCUUACAGCGAAAAAAUCCAGUCUCUAAAUUCCUUCCACUUAUGAGCUCGAGCACUCAGUAUGUGGUAGCGAAUAGUUCAUCAGCUACCGUGCAUAGCACCGUAUUUUUUGACAAAACUGUGUGUGCACGUGUGCCUGUGCCGGUGCAUGUCUAUGAUGGAUAACAACUGCAGUCAGUGGAAAAACGUUUGGACAUUACACCAAACUUAGUGGCUUUAGCAGAGGCAAUACCCAGGCUUCAGGGAUCGGUGUUUUAACUGGAGCUAAUAUGAACUAUAAGUAACUUAUAUUUGAAGAAGAUUAGAUAUUCCGUUGCCGGUCAAAAUAACGUUUGGACUGAGAAAAAAAUAUCGGCCUCAAUGCCUUCUACGUUUUUGAAAGCGAGAAUGUUUUGACACCUGAUUCGUGUUAUCCGGAAAUUGUUGUUUUAGAUGAGUAGGAUUAACUUAAGUCACAUUUCCUCGGGUCCGCCGUUCCGUUAUUCACUCUAGAUUCUUCUGUGUCUGUCCUUGCCCUAAAUCUGCCGGUGUAUCUUAACUCUGUCGGAAAGGUUUUAUAAUCUGCGUUGUUGACGACACAACGCCGGGUUAAUUCACCUGUACCUUUGACGUGGGAAAGAAGUUCUCUCUCAUCAUUAUCAAGCAGUGUGAGCAUUUCGAAGUAAGUUAGUUCUAUACUUAACUUCUAAGUCUUUAAUCCACCAUAAAAAUGUUUACAAAACAGUUUUUAAUCUUACCUUACGUGCUAAAAUUACUAUGCAUGCUUUGCUCCACUCAAUUUUUAUUAGUAGUUGAAUUAGUCUCAUUUCAGCUACAUUUUGUCUCCAUGUUUCUCCUUUCACACCAUUCAGAAGCAAGUAGAAUUAAGAGGGAAAGAUGUAACGCCAUAAUCCUUCCCAAAUUUUCGAAAUGUCAUUCGUUGACUCAUGUUUCAGUAGGACAAGCUUAUAAUAGAGCAAUGCAAGUGUACAAGGGGUCCAUUCUCUAUGACAAAGCAGUUUUUGAAACGCAUUUGUUAGGAACAUUAAGGAACUUUCAACAUUUUUACUCUGAUUGCAUCAUACAGAUGCAAUGAAAUUUCAUCACAUAUCGUCAAAAGACCUAUUUUUUUUUUUAAUUCGAUUGGCCCCAUUUACAGUCCUUUACAGGGUGUUGCAAAUUCCGCUCAUUUCAAAAGCGCUAUUUUUGGCUUUUUGAUCUACAGAAUUGCUCUCUGUUUCUGACAUUGGAGUCACCCGCCCUGCCGUGUUUGUUUAGCUUUAUGGUUUGAGUCAAAAUUUAAACUACACAGUGUUUUUAAUCACACCACUGAUUCUGUCACUUUGCUUCAUUAAUUCGCUCUAUAUAAACACUUUUGUUGGUAUUAAUAGCGAUUUUGUUGCCUUGCGUUGCUCUGCGGUAAAGAAUUUGUUUCAGUUUUAUUUUACCAUGCAUAAGUCUGCGGUCGAUAUGAAGUGAAUUAAGAUCCAAAGUGAAGUUGCUGUCAUUCUUUCGGCAAAAAGCUUCCGACAGCAGUGUAAAACAUGUCUUCUUCGGGGUCUUUAGGUAAUGACCUUUCCACAUCAGAAUGAUCUAAAUCAGUUGUUCUUGUCCCUUGCCCAGACUCUGCCUUGCACUGAAUUUGUAAACUGUUUGGCAUACUGAAUCUAUUAUCGAUUUAGAAUCAAGAGUAACAUUAAACAGUCUGAAAACUAAGUCUCUUUACGAAGUAAUUUGCACAUUGUGAAGAAAUGCUGAGCCUCAAAUGCAUUCCAGUCAAACCCUUUCGUCAGUUUCGAUGAGAACUAACUUCGCUUUUUUCAAUGUUUGACCUUGUUGUUCCAAGAGCCUUGCAAAAGGCGGACGUGUACAAAGGGACAAAUCGGUUUCUGAGAGAUAAUCUAACGCUGAUUGACACGUGUUGUCUGACCGACGGUAACAAACGUAUCAUGCAUGGUUAUAUCGAUAACUGAUGACUGACAAGGCUAAAUCAGGCUUAGGGUAUGAACGAAAGAGAGUACUUCAAUCAUCUUAGUUCUUUUCUAGUACUGAAGGAAAUUUAAUUUAAGGAAAGUUGAAGUAGCUAGAAAGGUCGUACCGAGAAAUCCAUGUCGGCAUUGGUAAUUUUGGAAUGCUAGUUACUGCUCUAUUUCCUUUGGAAAUGAUAAAAUAACUCUAGUAUGCAAAAACGUGAGGUCUUCUUUUCCUUUGACACUCUUUGUUUAAAAGGGCUAGGUCAAUCAAUGUUAGGCAAUUUCAGCUCUUGCCAACUGAUAAUGGAAUUACCAAAAAUAUAUAUAUCACAAUAACGGCUUAAAACUGUGAAGAACCCGAAGGAAACAAAGGAGAUUCCAAAAGGGUAGAGAAGAUUGGAGGAAGAACAAUGGAAAAGAAAAUGUUUAAAAACAGGUUGCAUUAGAGUGAACUCGAAAAACAGCGGCCCGACGUUUUUCAAGUUUAUGUCAAUUUGUAUAAAAGUGUUAUUUAUAAUGUUCGGCAAUCAUUGUUCUGUGUGAUGUGGCCGAGAUUUUGCCAGUAACAGACUGAUGCUCAGCCAACUCAUGGUAGGGAAAAUAACAUAAUACUGUAAUACAGGGACCUUUUGUUUUUUUUUUUUAUUAAUCCUUUAUCCGUGGUCUCUAGCCCCCAGGGUAAAGACCUUUUGGAUUAUCUUUUUGUUUUGACCCUGAAUGAAAUCAAGUUCAUCUCAGUUUUUACAAAAGGCGAAACUAAUUAAAAAGCGAAAAAUUCCAUCGUGUUGUUAACAAAAAUGCUGUGGUCUUGCAUCGUACGUCGAGUGGUAUGCAGAAUAUUUAAUUCGAGUUACACAGGCUGCACCUGAUAAGCGGGGAAAUAAGAAAGAGGUGGAUACCAGUGGACGGAACAGAACUAGAGGGCAAUACUAGAGGGCAAUUAUUAAUACUGAAUUUAACUGUACGGCAGGUUUGUAAAAAUUAGUGUCAGUAAAGAUUUGUAAAGAUUAUACUUGCCAGAGUUUCACAUCUGCCAAAAUCAGAACUAAUUGUUCAAACAUUUGUAAAGUUUGUAAAGAUUAGUGUCAGACAUCCAACGAUUAUUAGUGUUAGUGUAAACACAUUAUGAUUAUAAGUGUGCACACAGCGAAUGAUAUCAUCAAACCAUGAAAUAAGCGUGAAAUAAGCUUGUUACUCGGUUGAUAUCUUUCUUGGUCAUGUGCUAACUCCAGUAAUCAACUUCAUCUGCUCAUAGAAUUGAACAGUUUAUAGUACAGCUGAAUUGUCAUACUUGCCAGAGUUUCACAUCUGCCAAAAUCAGAACUAAUUGUUCAAACAUUGCUUGCCAGCAUGAUUUUUUGAUACUAAAAUUACUUCAUACCACAGCUUCGAUUGAUAACGAGUGCUAGCUAGCGUAUUUCAAAAACGUAAUUGUUUCAUAUACGAAGAACACUACAUGUGGCUUUGAUUUUAAAUGUUUACAUUUAUAGUGUCGUUGUAAGACUCCAUACAAGUAUGCUCGAUGUUAUAGAUUUCUGGCCUUCUUAUUUACAGUUCAAAUUAAAAAUUAACAAGAUUAAAAGGGUAAUAACUGUAAGUAAAACCAGUUUGUGCUAGCUUGUUGGUACAAAUUCCACCAGUGUUAAGUAAUCAGUUUGUGGUACGUCGCUAGGAGUCCGCCAUUUUGAAAACGUGGCAAAAGUCAUCGGGAUCUGGUGACGAAUUUUUCGCUACGGGACCAUGAGAGAAAUGGGAUUUACCUCUUGGGUGAAAAUCAUAAGUGCACCAAGUCAUACGUCACCCGUUUUCUAGGCAAAUUUUCUUUUGUUGCUUGAGCACUAUUCUGGCUUGAAAGUUAAGUACAAGAAGCUAGUAAAGUACAACAAGCACGUAAGAUAAAUUUGGUUCAACAACAAGUGUUCUAUAACUCGUUCAACUUAUAAUAACAUUCAUCCAUGAAGUAUUUGUGAGGAGAGAAGUUGUAAGCACGACAUAAUACGUAAAAGGUAUAUUUGGAACUAAAAAAGUCAGAAAACUGACCAGUUCUCAGUUGGUUUGACAGCUUGACUGGUAGAGCACUGCACUGCUAUCGCAAAGGUCAUGGGUUCGAAUUCCGUUCAAGCCUGAAUUUCUUUUCAGGCGUCAUUUUCAAAACGGGUUAAGUCGUGUACAUAACUCAUGAUAACUACGAUGAUCAGUCAUGUCUUUAUAUCUUUCUCCCCAAGUUCAAAUUUUCAAAUCUGUCAAAUUCACUUGCAUAAUACGUAAAGUGGAGCUCUUUUGUUGAAUGGCCACGCCCUCGACACCUUUUUGAAAGACAAGCGUUACUUGAAGCUUUACAAUCCAACUUAGGUCUCACAAACGCGAGGGAGUCACACAACUCACCACUUGUUGUAGUUAGAGAGGCUGAUCUGUUCCAACGGAAUGAAGGAAAUUGAUAGGGAUUUCUUGGAGAUGACCUGCUGUUUUCACGUUGUGGAAAUGACAUCAAUGCGGGGUUUUCACCCGUUACUAUUCUGCAAAAUGUAUUUUGUUCUUAAACAAUUCUCUUUCAGUUUUAACACGUUGGUGACAAUUACGUUUCUUUUUGCAGCGGAAAAUGGGGAUGCAAAAGUUACUAUCGAUUGUCCUUGUAGUGUUAUGUGGUACGACGGCAACAGCUUUAGAAAUAGACUUGCUGUCCCCAAUCACGGAAUCUCCCCUAAACUUCUUCGUAAGACGUAUUUUGACGCCGAGCAGAUCGAAAGCUUACCUCUUUGGUCGGUCAGUGAAGCUCAUUCAAGCAGAAGAGGGUCUUCUUCAGAGAGUUAUACUGAACAUUGAAUCAAACGAAGAAUUCGUAAUCAAAUCGAGAAUACGCAUCAUGUCAUCGCGACCCGGGACAUUGUUUUCUAUUGCACAUACUCAAAGGAAGCUGUUUCUUCUUGAUUUGUCAAGCAAAGGUACAGGUGACAAGACAAGGCUGAUUCUGAGAUACAGAUCAACUAAUGACACUAUGGAGACCAUUGUGUUCAAAGACGUUGCGCCUCUGGGUGACACUAAGAGCUUUCACUCCGUGGUUAUUCGCAUUACGGAUGUGUUCGAAAAAGGAAAGAAGAUUUCCGCCUUGUCCUUGUUCGUGGAUUGCAAAUUUUUUGGUCGAGUUGAUUCCUUAUCGCCAAUUUCGUCGAUCUUCUCAUACAGAGGCACUUUGCUGUCGCUGCUGGAUUUCAGAAUAGGACAGAGAGCGCAUGGAAAGAAAGUUAAUACACCGUGGAUGGGAGCCAUAGAGAGUCUGUCACUAGUCUUCAAAAGACCCAUAGAUGAAAUUCUCGCGGAUGAAGAGUGUUCCUUGGCGGGUAAUCUAAUAGGCAAAAAAGCUCCCCGGCCUCCAGUUGAGUCUACCCUACUUAGACAAGAAGAUAUAGAGACCCUGGUUGGCCUGAUACGGGAUAUUCGAUACGACUUGUCUAUGCAGGUUGCUGAGAUCAAGUAUUUGAGAAGACUUGUGGAAAAUUGCCAGAUGUGUCGAGUUCAAGAUUUCUGUCGCUUCAAGCCGUGUUUUCCUGGAGUGCCUUGUUUUAAUGAUCCAGCCACAGAAAAAGGAUUUGAAUGCGGAGAAUGUCCGCUUGGAAUGCUGGGAGAUGGUAUUAACUGUACCGACGUUGACGAGUGUAAUGAAACUGAUCCUUGUGCCAAAGAUGUUGGUGUUCUGUGUCACAAUCGAAGUCCCGGAUAUUGGUGUCCACCUUGCCCAGAUGGCUACUCGGGCAAAGAGAUUCAUGGGAUUGGGUUGUACUUUGCAAGUAAAAACAAACAGAUCUGCACAGAUAUUGAUGAAUGCUCAGAAGACCCUCCCAAAUGUGCGACAGAAUCUAAAUGCAUUAACACGAUGGGAGGAUACAAGUGCGCACCUUGUCCUUCAGGAUUUACAGGAGAUCCUUACCACACCUGUUAUCAUUUAAGUUACUGCGAUCCAAGCGAUUCCAGAAGUAAUCCUUGCAGUCAACAUGCUAGAUGCAUUCGACUUCAAAGCGGCAGAGAUUACAAGUGUGAGUGUCGUAUCGGUUUUUCUGGAAAUGGCCAUCUUUGUGCCGAAGACUUAGAUUUGGAUGGCUUUCCUGACGUUGAGCUGAAUUGUACCGAAAAAGAAUGUCGCAAGGAUAACUGCCUGAGAAUACCCAAUCCCGGUCAAGAGGAUCUGGACGAUGACGGACUGGGAGACAUUUGCGAUGACGACUUGGAUGGCGACAGCAUAAAGAAUGACAUGGACAACUGUCCCCGCCAUUUCAACCCAGCCCAAUACAACAACGAUGGUGAUCUAUAUGGUAACGAUUGUGACAACUGCCCUUACGUCGCCAACAAGUUUCAGAGUGAUAAUGAUAAAGACGGAAUCGGUGACCCAUGUGAUAAGGACGUCGAUGGAGACGGUGUACUAAACUCAAUCGACAAUUGUCCUAUGAUAUCAAACCCACUCCAGGUCGAUUCCGAUGGCGAUACAGUGGGUGAUGAGUGUGAUAACUGUCCUUCCACAAUGAACAUCCGACAGUCUGAUAGGGACGGAGAUGGACUGGGCGAUAACUGCGACACCAAUAGAGAUGACGAUAAUGACGGUGUAGAUGACAUGAUCGAUAAUUGUAGAGGAAUUCCAAAUCCUGAUCAGAUUGAUAACGACAAAGAUGAAAAAGGUGAUGCUUGUGAUAACGACGACGACGAUGACGGUGUUCUGGAUAGGGAAGACAACUGCCAACUAGUUCCGAAUCCUACUCAACGAGAUUUAAACGGUAAUGGCUUAGGGGACCCCUGUGAUGGCGAUUUUGAUGGAGACAAGGUCACAGAUUACGAGGAUGCCUGUUCGAUUAACCAUCACGUGACCCGUACAGACUUCAGCAGGUUGCAGACUGUCGAUUUGAGUCCAUUUGAAUCCUCGUCAAAGAUCAAGCCCCCUAUAUGGGCUGUUGACUCAACGGGAACACAAGUCACAGAAGACGAAAACAGCGAUCCCGGAAUUGCUAUUGGAGAUGUUGCGUUCAACGGUGUGGAUUUUAAUGGAACACUUCGAGUGGGAACACGACACGAUGAUGACUUCGUAGGACUCGUGUUCAGUUACCAAAACAACAGACAGUUCUACCUUAUAUCUUGGAAACAGAGUGACCAGGGUUACUGGGAAAUGAAACCGUCCAGAGCUGAGGCAGUUCGAGGAAUACAAAUAAAGCUGGUCGAUUCUGAAACUGGUCCAGGAUUUGAUCUUAGAAAUGCAUUGUGGCAUUCCGGUGACGUAAAAGGACAGGUUAAAGAAAUUUGGCGAGACACCAAGCUCCAAGGAUGGAAAGACGAAACAGAUUACGACUUUAAGUUGAUGCACAGACCUGCUGUUGGACUAAUAAGAUUGCUAGUCUUCUCUGAGGCUGAGAUAGUGGUGGAUACAGGAUAUAUAAUUGACAAGACCCUGAGAGGCGGUAGGCUUGGGAUGUACGUGUUUUCUCAGGGUAAAGUCAUCUGGCAUAAGUUGUCCUACCGAUGUAGCGAGCACGUCCCGGAUGACUUUCAAGCUCUGUAAUCUGAGAACCAGUCAGCGAAAGCUGAUCUGUAGCGCUUCAUUGUGGAGCAUACCAAACACAGCUUCCCGUCCCGACUUAGGACUUCGAGCCUGAACACUGUGUACAAUUUAUUACUUUCCACACAGGAUGGUGGAAAUAUCAAUGGCCCGAAUACCGGAGGCAUUAUUAACUGAUAACAAUUUGUUAAAGAUAACGCAUGCUUUUCUUGCUCAACGCAAAAUCUAAACGCUGCAACUGCAGCCUAGGGGUGUAUAGAGCCCCAUGUUAGACUUUUAAAUGCUGUACGUUCCGCGGCACGGUAUAAUACGAGACAAAAUCUCGAAAGCAUAACCCUGGAUUGAUGGGAAUAUCUAUCCGUGGCUGUUGUUAGAAAUAAUAAAUAAAUAAUUAAUGACGAUC